AUGUACGCAACAAAACGUCGAAGAAGAAACACAAAAAAUUACAAAAGUCCAUUGAAAGAAAAUCAAAAAUCUAAUCCGAGUAAACGUCAUCGUGAAAGAUUAAAUGGUGAAUUAGAAAAUUUAGCCAGUCUAUUACCAUUUGAUCAGAAUAUUUUAACAAAACUUGAUAAAUUAUCGAUAUUACGAUUGGCUGUCAGUUAUUUACGAGUUAAAUCCUAUUUUCAAGUCACCUUGAAAAAUCGUCAUUAUCAAUCUGAACCAUCAACAAUCUAUCAAGAAAUCUAUUAUCACGAUCCAACAUUUUCCGAAGGUGUUGCAGUUUUAGAGGCACUCCAAGGAUUUAUAUUAAUUGUCAAUUGUGAUGGUGAAUUGUUUUAUGCAUCUAAAACAGUUGAGCAAUAUCUUGGCUUUCAUCAAUCAGAUAUCGUUCAUCAAAGUGCAUUUGAAUUAAUUCAUUCUGAAGAUCGAGAAGAAUUUAAAAGACAUUUACAAUGGAAUGGAAAAUUGACUAGUGAACAAUCAGAUAUAACUAUAACACAAUUGUUUUCUAAUCCAGAACAUGCGCAUCUACUUGAAAGAAGUUUUACAGUGAGAUUUCGAUGUUUAUUAGAUAAUACAUCAGGAUUUGUGACACUUGAAAUUGAUGGAAGAAUUGGCAUACUUCAUGGACAGAAGCCACAACAUAACGAUGAUUCACAUGUACUUGCUUUAUUUGGUGUUGCUUGUCCGUUUGGACCACCAUCAUUAUUUGAAAUUCCACAACGUGAAACUUUAUUUAAAAGUAAACAUCGACUUACAUUAGAACCUAUUUCACUUGAUCCACGUGGAAAAUUAAUUUUAAACUAUUCGGAUCAUGAUCUAUCACAAUUUUGUGGUUAUCAGCUCAUUCAUCCUGAUGAUCUCAAAUAUUAUUCAACAGCACAUAAAGAAUUACUAAAAACUGGAACAUCGGGUCUUGUCUGCUAUCGUGUUCAAACAAAAGAUGGUCAUUGGCAGUGGUUACAGUCAUCUAUGCGUAUUAUAUACAAAAGCAAUAAACCAGAUUUUGUUAUUGCCAAUCAUAGACCGUUGACAGAUGAAGAAGGACAAGAACUAUUUUAUAAACGUGGCUCGGAAUUUAAACUACCUUAUCCGUGUUUAUACGAUUUUGAUACAAGUUUUAAUCUGAAUGGUGGUAGUGGUGGUGGUGGAAAUUUAUCGACAUGUGGUGAGGACGAAUUUAUUGCUUAUAAAUCAACUAAAGUACAAAAUACUACACGAAAUCGAAAAUGUAAACCUCAAUUAUUGAAACAGCCAACAUUUUCAUCCAAUGCAUUUGAUCAUUCAAUCGUGAAUCCUUAUACACCUUACAUAAAUGGAUAUAAUGGCUGCUAUCCUUAUUCAGAUACACAUAGUUUUAUUGAAACAACAACCGAUAAUUCGUACAUUCGUUAUCCAACAGCAGGUGAUUUAUUACAUUUGGAUGCUGCUGAAAAGUCAAUGUAUAACAAUUAUUAUUUGAAUGGUUACACAGGCAUGUCUCCAUAUACAGCAGCAGCCGCAUAUAACGAUAUUCUGUUGAAUUCAACAAAAUAUAAUAAUUAUUAUCACUAUAAUACCAAUAAUUAUACAACACAUACUCCUCGAACUCAACCUUACGUGGAUUCAACAUCUUCGUCUCCUCCGCCACCCAUACCAACAGCUUCAUCAUCAUAUAUCGAUCAUCUGCCACAUUUACAUGCCCUAUCUGAUACGAACACAUUGACUAAUAUUGAUUAUAUGACACCAUCAGACGGUAUGGGAGUAUAUAAUUCAACAUAUUAUCGUCCAUCGGCACCAGCCGAUUACUACAAAAGAUUAUCACCAUCAACUUAUAAUAACAAUAAUAGUUCUACAAAUGGUAGUCAUGGUGGAGUAAAAACAAAACAUGAACAACAACAUAUACACAAUGGUCAUGAUAGAACAAUAGUUCAUAAUUAUAAUACGAACAGUGACACUUCGAUUAUCACGGGAGUAGCAUUACCACAUUCUGUUAUUAAACAUUGUGGUCAACUACAAAAAAGAUGA